AUUCCAGGGUCAACUCGGAAGAAUUACUCCUAUACACUGGUGGUAGACCUUCAAAAGCCAUGCGAUGCAAAGUUGGAAUGCAAGAUCACCGAGUCGAGUAAAUAUGUUUGUACAUUUAACAACCAACUUCCAAACUUAAGUUCGUAUACAAUACACCAAAUGUAUUCAACAACUAAUAUAACCAUUGGUAUUGUUUUGCAAAUUAUACAUUAUGCACAAACAAUUGUAUUUACCAUCGAAAUAGAACGAUUUGAUUUCAAUAGUACAAUUGUUGCACGCCUGCACCAGUACAAAGACGACAAUAAAAAACUUUUACAUGAUCUUAAUAACAUCGGCGAAAGAGAUAUCGUUAAAGACCACAACUACGCCGUAAUGAGUUAUUCGGAUACGGAACGUGUAAUAUUUUCCUGUGAGCAAUAUAUAGGCCAAAAUUCAUCGGUUGGUUUGAUUGACAGUAGUGGGUACAAGAUAGAGACGGUAGAAGGAACUUCAUACAACGAGCUACUUGAUGUUAGUAAAAAUGGAAGUAUGCUGUGUUGUAUAUAUUAUAAAGUGGACUCAGACGUAACUGCAGAUAUCACUCGGGUCAUUGCAAAUAAAACCUUAUUGCUGUACAAGAAGGACGAAAUGAAAGGUUACCUGGGACUGUACGUGGCGAUACCAACAGUACUGCUGGCUGCCGCAUUCGUAGCAGUUGUUUACGUUUGCCGCAAAAAGAAACCGCUGCCAAACCCCACCGUUCCUACGUCGCAGCCAUAUUACGGUAACCAAAUCUUCCCAAGGGAACCAAACAGAGGAAUUUAUAUUCUUCCAGAAAAUAAUGAUCCUGAAUACGAACAAGUAUCAUAGGCUUACACGACAUUUGGUAACACCUCGCGAAGACAUCUUAUUUUGCGACGACUAAACAGAUGUAAUUUUAUGUAGUUUUAGGUCCAAUGCUUUAGACUUGUAAGAAAUCUAGAAUGCCAAUUUUAAUAUUUGCUUGUGUUAAUCAGUUGCUGUAACGUUAGUAUUGUAAGACGCAGGUAAUGUACCUAAGUACGUAGAAUAGUUGAUUAUAUUUUAGAACCGCUGUACUAUCCACUUGUGAGUCGUCGUGGCUGUGGUAACUCGGAAGGUGUUCAUGGCUAUCUUUACGUGUGAGGUCGUCUGGUGCUUCGCGCCGGUCUUGGCUACCCGUCCAUCGUGGGCGUUGUAAUGGCCAGAACGUUUUUAUUUUAAUUAAAGUCACUUGUAUCAGUCUACUUGGUAAUUAUGCUUGUACCACUUUUAUUAUUAUAUACAUAUAUAUUAGAAAUAUUGUUUCUGCCAGCGGCUUCGUCUGCGAUUCCGUCGGAUAAAGUAUCCUAUGAUUUAUUCCAGAACAUAAUCUACCCCUGUUCCAAAUUUCGCCCCGAUCCCAUUAGCCGUUUUGACGUGGUUGAGUAACAAACUUACACACAAACUCAACCAACUUUUGCAUUUAUAUUAACGGUCCUAGCUAAUAUAGACACCCAUAUAAAUUGGAAAACCCACAUAGACCAUAUAAAAUCAAAAUUAUCAAAAUUCACAUACGCUCUUUUUCAAAUUAAAUGCAGUACUAAUAUUGAAACAGCACUAUCAGCUUACUUCGCAUGCGUAUGGCGUAAUAUAAAUCGAGUAUUUCAAAAAGUACCUUUACUUAGCGUUUUAUAAGAUUUGUAACUUUCUUAUUUUUGCAUAUUUCUUCUCAAUUUUUUUAUGACGUAUGUAAACACACAUUUUAAGCAACUUGGCAUAAAAAAACGUUUUUUCCAAAUCGAGUUAGCGUAGUAUAAAUUGCUGGUGUCGAUUUGUAAUACAUUUAAACGCAUAAUUUUGUAAGUCAGAUUCAUCUUUAGGCAUAUAUUGAUACCCAUAAUAAUUAAAGAGUAGAACCAUCAUAUUGCAGAAAGUUCACUGUCAGAAUCAUCUUUUGGCAUAAAUUUCAUAUCCAUAAUAAUUGAAAGACUCAUCUAUCACGCAAGCAUGCAGCAUGCAAGCAAGCAAACAAGCAUGCAGCGUGCAAGCAAGCAUGCAGCAUGCAAGCAAGCAAGCAUGGUUUCUGUAACGGCUCCGGAGCUGCGGGGCUCCGGAGGUCCCCGGAGAAUCGUCGCAGACGGCUUUCGCUCACCACCGCAGCUUCGGCUCAGCUUGGCCAGCCUCAGCAGCGGCGGCUCGCUCGUAGCCGCCUGCUCCUCAGCCCGCGGGCCGCCUCGCCCCUCCGCGCCUACGCGAUUUUAAAUUGCACUCUAGGGGUAGGGCAGACAAGACUAAGAUUCGGUUCUGUCACUUCACUAACUUUUAUUCUACCAUCUUCUUAAUAUGCCAAGUGAAAUUAUGCAUUAUGACAAUCGUCGCUCUAAAUAAACGUUAUGUGAAAAAAAAUAUGGAAAAUUAAGCUUUGCCAAACGUAAUUAUGCUAAAUAAAAUUCUACCAUCUUAAAAGUAUGCCUUUGUAAAUUCGGACAUAUUUAAACAUUCGGCAACACAAUAAUUAUAUUAAAUGAUUUUUAUGCCAUAUGUAUGUUCGUUUAAAAAAGAUUCUGCCAAGUGUGUUAUGCCAAACAAAUUUCGGAGCAUUAAAAUUCUGCCAGGUAGGGGAACCCCUGCAGGCCCUAUUUCAUCAAAUACAAUCUUUUAACACUACCAUCCAUAUACAUCUAUGACAUACGCAAGUCUGUAUUCAAUAAUAAACUUAUAACACAAAUGGUGAAAAGUGGGUGUACAUUGUAUAGCGGCAUUAAGUGUCGUAAUGUGCACCUCUGCCUACCCCUUCGGGGAUAAAAGGCGUGACGUUGUGUGUGUAUAUUAAGUUUGUAUUAAGUCCUAGGUUAAGUAAAUGUAGUCUAGGAUAAGUUAGUGAUAGCCCUCAAAUUUGCAACGCCUGAAAAAGGCAGUUAAGCUGUACAUAACAUUUAAAUUAAGACCUGUAAUACCUACCUUAACGUGCAAAUAAAUAUUUUGAGUUUAA